AAUGUAAUAAGCUAUUCCUAAUUUAACACCAGAAGUCAAAUAAAGAUUAGAAGAUUAAGGAUUUAAGCCUUUCAAAUAUAGACCAUUACCAGAAUAUGCUAAUCCUCAUUCACUAUAAUGUAUUCUCAUUCUUAAAAUAGAUUGGUUGACAAAUGCUGGUUUAGGACUCAUUUGUCUUGUUGGCAGACAUUAUGCUACAUCCUAAUAAUCAAUUAGAAUAUUAUGGUCUGCAUCUGCUGUAUUUAUUCCUCUAUAUGCCAUUGCUACCAAUGCUAAACUUGAUGGAUUAAGAUAAAACAAUUUUUAUAGGUUUCCAUUCACCUUUCAACUUUAGAAAAACUUUAGAUGAUAGACUUGAAUUACAUCCAUUGACCAGAAGAGCUUGGGAAAGAGCCAAAUAAACUCAUAAAGAAUAUUAGGAUUAAUUGAGAGAAGAGAUUGCUACUUUAGAAGCAGAGUUGAGAAAAUGAAAUUAUUUCAUAUAUAAUAAUAAAAUUAUAUAAUCAUGAAUGAUUAACUUAUAACCAUGACAUCAUAAGAGUUCUAAUAGAUUUAUAAGGUAAGUUAAUCAUUAAUUAACAAUAAGGAAGUAGAAUUCAAACUUGAAAAAUUACACAAUAAGAAUAAUGUCAUCUAAUAAAAUCUUGAUGUUGAUAUUAUCAAAAGAGAACUCUAUUAAAUGAUUAAAUAAGAAAUAGAUCAAUUAUAAUUCUUUAUUGAAGAAAUUAAAGAUUAAAUGAGAUCACUUGAAAACAAUAUCAAUAAUAUUGACUCCAAAAAUAAGUGAU